AUGAUGUGUGAGCUAUCUUCAACUUUCAAGAAUACCAUCAUCGAAUUCGACGAUGCGUUGAAUUGGAUAACAACCAAGAUCAGUUCUGCGAAAUGCUUGACUGAGGAUGAUUACCAACUUAUUGAGUCUAAGAUUAGAAUCUUUAUUCCUAUCAUAGAUAAACAUGCUAGAACUCUCAGAAGCACCAAAAUAUUGCUUGAAGAGGCAUUGCUCUUUUCCUUGGAAGAUUCUGCCACUAAAUUAUGGAAUUCAGUUGCAAUUUUGACCAAAUUGGAAGGAGAUGCAUCUGAAAAGAGAACUAUAGCAAACUGUAAAUUAUUCGUCUCUUUAUUACUUGGUUUACACGAAGCAAUUGUAAUUGAUCCAAAGUGCAAACUUAGAUCAUUUAGAUGUAUUUUGAAUACAACGAGAUAUGCCAUUGAUUAUCAAAUUCAAUCGGAGCUUAAAACGCAGAUACAAAAUUACUGUGAUUCAUGUUUUCAACAGCUUGAACAGUAUUACGAAACAUCCAACUGUUCUGGUAAUGAAUCUCAAGACGAAUACAAAAGACUGAAAGUGGAAAUGUUUAUGGUGUAUUUACAAAAUGCAAUGGAGGAAUCUGACUUGAAAAUGGCAAGAUUUUAUGAGGAAAAGGCUGAAAUAGAAAAGAAUGCCUGCGCGUUAGAUGCAGACACAGUGAUUGAGAUUUGCAGAACAGUGUACAACGCAGCACUACAUUUAAUCGAGAAUAAAAAGGCAGAGACAAACUUUUCAGAUUUGGUGCAUAUUAUGGAGAAUUUAGCAAAGUACCUUACCCUAAAAGUUCCUGGUUUGGAAGUUCACCCUGAUUUAUUGCAGUUAAAGUACACGAUACUUUUAUUUGUUGCCAAUUUAGCAAUCGAAGACAACGCAAACACUGAACUAUGUGAAAGACGUAUUUCUGAUAUGAUCAAUCACUAUCCUCAAAAACUUGAGUCAUAUAAGUUGGCAAUAAAGUUUCACGAACUUCAUAAGCCGGGCGACUAUGUCUACUUGGAAGAUAUCUUAAUGCAAAUGCUUUCGACAAUAAAUGUAUCAGCAAAUAUUGAAGGGAUUAUUGGAUUUAUUAAUCAUCAAGCAGAAUUGGAUACAGCCUCAGCGCUUCGUUGCUUGGACUAUAUUUUUUUCAACAAAAUGAACUCCACCAUUGAUUCUAAUGUUUUAGAGUUGUGCUUAGCAACAAGAUUUUUCAUAAUCUCACAAUCAAAAGCGCUGACUAACGACAUCAAAAUCAGAGAUAUGACACAAACACUGAAUAAUGUGCAAAAGAUGAUGACUAAAAGAUUGAGCAAAUCAUGCGCCGCAGGUAUCAUCACUUUACUGUUCAAUGAGGGAAAACAAUUGUAUAAAACAGGUAAACAAGCAGAAAGCGUAGAAUGGUUCAACUUGGCGCUUAACGAAUUGUUUUCUACAGAGCAUAUCGAUACUGGGAAAAUCCAGAGGGCCUUACAGUUUGCAAUGGUUGAUUUAGGGGAUUUCGAUAGCGUUGAACAGAUAUAUUUUGAAAUGAGUCCAUCUGAUCAACGGAAUGCUUUAACCCAGUUGAACAUGUUUCGGGUGUAUGCUCACAGAAACGACUUCGAUGGGGCGAAGAAAUGUCUCGAUACUCUUAAGGAAUCAAACAAUGACAAGUCAGUAGAUGCUUUGAUUAUUGCAGUAUCUGAAUGUAAAAGAUCAACCGACUGGGGAGUAUACGGAAUGCUUUCUAUGUUCGAUAAGAUCCAGCAUAUGGAAAAUAAAAUUGCUCAUACAAGAGGAGCCUCUGUUAUCUGUUCGUUGAGGUAUACAAUUCAAAUGUUGUUGAAAAUGACAGAAAAGGACGGUAUUCAAGAUGUCGGGAAAUAUCUUCCAACUUUGCAUAUGUUGCUUAAUAAGGGAUCUGAAUUCAUCAAGACCGCCAAAACUUUGAAACAGUUGGCGGGAAAAGUGCAAAACCCCGGAAUAUAUGAUGAAGCAAUAUCAAUUGAUGAUAUAGAAUGGUUUGCAUCAGCUUGCUACAAUUUGGUGAGGAAACUAUUGAAUGAAGGCAGAAUAACAUAUCUAGAUCAUUUGAUUUCCGAUUGCAAAUUAUACUUGGAGUAUAUUCCUAAGGAGGAGUUGGAUGACCAUAAGAAGUUGUACUACCGUUAUUGGGAGAUUAGAACUGACGUCCUUUCUUUGGAACUUUUGCACCGGACAUCGAACUGGAUUUCUCUGAAGGAAAGUAGCCUCGCACUUAUAGCACAAAACAAGGAUUUCUUUAACACUUCCAAAGAUAAGGAACAAUCGGUGUUGACAUCUGAAGAAGUACACAAUACAUUUAUCGAUAUUAUCGUGCGAUCAUUCGAAGCAGCGAUGAAUCUCGGAGAUUUACUGCUAUUGAAACACAUUUUAGACGCUACUGCUACAAACCCCGACUAUAAAGUCGACGAACUCGUUUGGGAUGUAUUCACAAAUACACAAAAGAUCAUGUCUGACGCCUUUGCAACAGAACUUUUGAAAUGCCUAAUUGACAGAAAUAUGGGAAAUACAUCUAUUUCGGAUGAUAUCUUGAGUCAAUGGAUAAGGUCCUUACUAGAGGUCUCCCAGGGCACGGAUGAACAGAACUGUUUAACAAUUUUGUCACAAUUUCAGAUCAGAAUAAAACACGCUAAUAAUUAUUGUACUACCGAAAUUGAAUGGUUGACUACAGUCAUUUGGAAUCGAGGAAUCUCUUAUAUAAUCACUGAUAAUAAGUCCCAAGGUAUUAUGUGGUGCCAAAAAGCUCUUGAAAUCUCUAAAAUGAGUCCUUCAGAAGCUUUACAAAACCAGUUAAAGCAGUUCUGGUCGGAACUAUCUUCGAAAAUCAAUCUCAGUAACAUAGUUCUCAAUGAUUAA